UACUGUGCGUCUUGGCGCUGUAUUUGUACUCCGUCUAAUUUUUAGUUCGACCGGUAUUUGAAUUUAUUUUUUAAACUAUUUUUUUUUCACAAUUUAGUUGUUUUUUUGUACAAAAAAAGUUAUUUAUUAUUUUUUUAAAUAAUGAUGUUAAAAUAAGAAGUUAAUUAUUGUUGUAUAUACAUUUUUUUUCGAACAAAGUUCAGUUUAUGACUACAGUUUUAAAUUAUUUUAAAGGAGACGUUAAAUAAGACUCAAAAACAUGGAUGAAGUGGAAGCGAAAUUUGACGUUUGGGAUUAUGUGGUUUUAAUUAUAAUGCUUAUGAUUUCAUCGUCCAUAGGCGUAUAUUACAGAUUUACCGGAGGCAGACAAAAAACUACACAAGAAUAUUUAUUAGCCGAUCGAAGUAUGUCAAUAACACCUGUAGCAUUUUCAUUAAUGGCAUCAUUUAUGUCUGCCAUAACGUUACUGGGUGUAUCAAGUGAAAAUUACACAUAUGGUACACAAUUUGUAGUGAUUAAUAUUGCUUAUAUUUUAUCAACGCCAAUCGCUGCAUAUUUAUAUUUACCAGUAUUUUUUAAAUUAGAAACAACUAGUGCUUAUGAGUAUUUAGAGAGGCGAUUUGGAAUGGCAUCAAGGCUAUCAGCUUCUGCUAUUUAUUCCAUACAAAUGAUCCUGUAUAUGGGAAUUGUAUUAUAUGCGCCUGCAUUAGCGUUAGAAGCGCUAACUGGUAUUAAAAAAGAAAUUGCAAUUUUAGUAAUUGGAUUUGUUUGUACAUUUUAUUCAACGCUUGGUGGCAUGAAAGCUGUUGUUAUUACGGAUGUAUUCCAAUCGUUUUUAAUGUUUUUGGCCAUAUUUAGUAUUAUCAUUUGUGCAGCAAUACAAACUGGCGGUUUAGAUGAAAUAUGGAAAAUUGCUGAUAAAGGAGGGCGUAUUGAGUUUUUUAAUUUCAGCCCCGACCCUACAGAACGUCAUACAUGGUUUUCAUUGAUUAUUGGUGGUUCUGUAACAUAUUUAUCAUUGUAUGCUGUAAAUCAAACUCAAGUACAACGUUAUAUGACUGUUAAAGAUUUAAAGACUGCACAAAAAACAUUAUGGCUAAAUUGGCCAAUAUUAACAGUAUUAAGUUUAAGUACUUCAUUUUCUGGUCUUGCCAUUUAUUCAAAAUAUUAUGAUUGUGAUCCAAAAACUGCUGGUCGUAUUACGAGCACUGAUCAGCUAAUGCCCUUUUAUGUAGUCGAAAGCAUGGGACACAUUCCGGGUUUAACAGGAUUAUUCGUAGCUGGGAUAUUUAGUGCCUCGUUAUCAAGUAUUUCAGCCAGUGUUAAUAGUUUAGCUGCUGUUACAUUAGAAGAUUAUAUUAAGCCAUUAUACAGUUCCAUAAACAAAAAAUCAUUGCCAAAUUCGAAAAUAAUUAUUUAUACGAAAAUCUUAGCAUUUCUAUACGGCGUUUUAUGUGUGGCUGUUGCAUUUUUAGCACAAUUUUUAGGUGGUUUAUUACAAGCUGCUUUAACGCUAUUUGGUCUUGGUGGCGGACCAUUGCUUGGUUUAUUCACACUCGGAAUGUUUUGUACGAGAUCAAAUCAAAAGGGUGCUUUAAGUGGAUUGUAUAUUGGAUUAAUUAUCUCCGGAUGGAUUGCGUUUGGUAGACCAAGACCAAUGCCACCAACGCUACCAGUUUCGGUUGAGGGAUGUAAUUCCACCACACAUAUACUGCCUGGAUAUGUUAGUUCUUUAACAGCUUCGAGGGACGAUAGUCAAUAUUUUUAUUUAUACCGAUUAUCGUAUUUAUGGGUAUGCGUUAUUGGAUUUCUUCUCACAUUUAUUAUUGGUUAUGUGGUUAGUUUACUAACCGGAAGUAAUACGGAAAAAUUAAAUCCAGAUUUAUUUGUACCACCAUUAGCGAAUAAGUUACGACGAUCACUGCGGAGAUAUUCAGUAUCAAGUCAGACAAGCACGUCGGAAAUUAAUAAAAAAUCUGAUGGAAAUGUAAUAAAAAAUGAUUUUACAACCAACUUAUAACGAUUUUUUAUUUUAUUAGUUUAAAUUCGUACAAUAUAAACUCAUGUUACAUAUUGAGUUUGGUAAAAAAAUUUAGAAAAGCGCGGCCAUAAUUGGUAGAACGUAUUCGAUUAGACGAGUGUACAUCGGAAAUUUAAUUUAUAUGUGAUUACCACACCAACAAAUGAGAAAGGAAAUACAUAAAAACUUAUAAUUUACGAAAGCGUUAUGAAAGGAAUAUAAAGCGCGCUAAAUUUCAGUUCAGAAAUUGAUAAAAUUACCAAUCAAUAAUUCUAAAAAAAAAAAAAAAAAACCAAAACACUCGGACUCAAUACAAAGUUUGAUGUAUUUUAACACAGAUAAAGUUAACAUGACCAUCAUCGCCAGUUCAGGGUGAAGAAAAUUUGAUUGUUAAAAAAUACAGGUACCAAUCGAGUACUUUUUAUUGGGAAGAGGGAAAUUAUAACAACAUGGGAUAAUAUUGAUUGAAAAUUCGUAGUGCAUAAUUUUUAAUUUUC